AUGUCCCCUGCUGGAAAGGAUUAUAUACCCCCCACUCGCCCCGACUCUCCUGGUCCUUUGAAAGCAGAUUUCAUUCAACAGCAAGUCGCGAGACAACGCAACAAUAAUUAUCACUCUACUUCACUCAGAAACAUGGUUGCCACAUCUGUGAAUCGCACUGCCCUGCACCCUGGUGGUGUCCAGCCUGGCAAGGGUCACACCGAGCUCGAGGAGGAGCUCCACGAGACUGCCCACAUUGACUAUGAUCGUGUCGCCAUUAUUGCCAACCCUGCCGUCUCGGCCCUGUAUGAAGAUGCUCUCGUCUACGAGACGGGUACUGCUAUGACCUCAAGUGGUGCCUUGAGCGCCUACUCCGGCGCGAAGACUGGUCGUUCCCCCUCAGACAAGCGUAUCGUCAAGGAGGAGUCAUCAGAGAACAACAUCUGGUGGGGACCCGUCAACAAGCCCAUGACUGCCGAUGUGUGGCGCAUUAACCGUGAGCGUGCUGUCGACUACCUGAACACCCGUAACCGCAUCUACGUUAUCGAUGGAUACGCCGGCUGGGACAAGCGUUACCGCAUCAGCGUUCGCGUUGUCUGCGCCCGUGCCUACCAUGCUCUCUUCAUGCGCAACAUGCUUAUCCGCCCGACUCGUGAGGAGCUCGAGCACUUCCACCCCGACUAUGUUAUUUACAACGCCGGCUCUUUCCCCGCCAACCGCUUCACUGAGGGUAUGACCUCUGCCACUUCCGUCGCCAUCAACUUCGCCGACAAGGAGAUGGUCAUCCUCGGCACUGAGUACGCCGGUGAGAUGAAGAAGGGUGUCUUCACUGUCCUCUUCUAUGAGAUGCCCAUCAAGCACAACGUCCUGACCCUCCACUCCUCCGCCAACGAGGGUGAGAAUGGCGAUGUUACCGUCUUCUUCGGUCUGUCCGGUACCGGAAAGACCACCCUGUCCGCUGACCCCAAGCGUAAGCUCAUCGGUGAUGACGAGCACUGCUGGACCGACACUGGUGUCUUCAACAUCGAGGGUGGCUGCUACGCCAAGUGCAUUGGUCUCUCCGCCGAGAAGGAGCCCGAUAUUUUCAACGCCAUCAAGUUCGGUUCCGUCCUCGAGAACGUCGUCUUCGAUCCCAUCAGCCGUGUUGUCGACUACGACGACACCACUUUGACCGAGAACACCCGUUGCGCCUACCCCAUCGAGUACAUUGAGAACGCAAAGAUCCCCUGUGUCUCUGACAACCACCCCACCAACAUCAUCCUGUUGACCUGUGACGCCCGCGGUGUUCUGCCCCCGAUCUCCAAGCUCACCCCCGAGCAGACCAUGUUCCACUUCAUCUCCGGCUACACCUCCAAGAUGGCCGGUACCGAGGACGGUGUCACCGAGCCCCAGGCCACCUUCUCUUCCUGCUUCGCCCAGCCCUUCCUGGCCCUGCACCCCAUGAAGUAUGCCUCCAUGCUCGCCGAGAAGAUCAAGGAGCACAAGGCCAACGCCUGGUUGCUCAACACCGGCUGGGUCGGUGCCGGUGCCACUACCGGCGGCAAGCGCUGCCCCCUCAAGUACACUCGUGCCAUCCUGGACUCCAUUCACAGCGGCGAGCUCGCCAAGGCCGAGUACGAGACCUACGACGUCUUCAACCUGCCCGUCCCCAAGACCUGCCCCGGUGUUCCCGACGAGCUCCUCAACCCCAAGAAGAGCUGGACAGCCUCCACCUCCUUCGAGGACGAGGUCACCAAGCUCGGCAACCUCUUCAACGAGAACUUCAAGAAGUACGCCGACGAGGCCACCCCCGAGGUCCUCGCUGCCGCUCCCAAGACCAACUAA